AUGGCGCCAACAGCAAUUCUGGUCAUUGCUCUUUCCCUAGCAAUCUCAACUCAAUCAAUUAUUGGUAUGGACAUCCGUUGUGAGGACCUCGAUGAGAGAUCAUGCGCGUUCUCUGUGUCUUCAUCCGGCAAGCGAUGCGUGCUUGAGAGUCGUCUGCGCAUGAGUGGCAUGACUGCAUACACAUGUGGGACCUCCGAGAUCGUGGCCGACAAGAUUAGAAACUUGGUCGAGACCGACGACUGCGUCAGAUCGUGUGGAGUAGACAGGCAGGCACUCGGCAUAUCGUCCGACUCGCUCCUUGACCGCAGGUUUGCCCAGAGCCUAUGCUCGAGAGCGUGCUAUAACAACUGCCCUAACAUCGUCGAUCUCUACUUCAACCUUGCAGCCGGAGAAGGGGUUUUCCUCCCGAGGUUCUGCAAGAUGCGCCAAUCAGGCGCACGCCGCGGCAUGAUCGAGUCCAUUGGGUUUAAAAGCUCUAGGAAUGCGGGCCAAAAGCAGACAUUUGGGCCACAAUCAGCAACAGCUAUUGACGAGGAGGCUUUGGGCCUAGAGUCGGCAUCUCUUAAUGAGGAGGCUUUUGCUCCGGAAUCAAAAUACCUAUACCAAGCCGAUGAUGGGGAAAUCGGCUCUCCUAGCCCAUACUGA